AAAACCCUCCACUCAUCCAAAACACACUGCAAAGCGAUGGUUGAAAUGACCACAUGGGCUCACACCUUAAGGGCAGUGGAGUUGGUUGCAAUGCUAAUGCGCCAUCCCUGCCCAAUAGCAUCAGCAUCGCCUAAAGCUCGACUCUUCUCCACCCGCUCCGUUAUCCUGCGCCCACCACCAGUCUCCGCCAUGACCACCAUGAUGAACACCGAAGACCACCACAGCUCUGCUCCCACCCACCUCGACACCAUAUUUAGGAUGAAACGAACCCUCCGGUCCAGAGUGAAGAAAGAGCUCAAGGCCAUGGACCCCACCAUUAGAUCCCUAGAAGACAACGCAAUACAAAAUAUCGUGUUGGAAGCUCCAUGGUUUAAGUCACGUAAGAGAUUAUGCGCUUAUAUAAGCUGCAGUGCUUUACGAGAAGUUGAUACAUCAAAAGUGCUGUCAGAAAUUCUGCAGAAUUCAGCCAAAGAUGGUUACUCACAGAUGGGAAAAAAGCUUUAUGUGCCACGGGUGGAGGACAAAAAUUGCCAUAUGCGAAUGCUCAAUAUCUCAAGUAUGGACGAUUUAAUUGCAAAUUCAAUGAACAUAUUAGAACCAGCUCCCAUUGAUGCUAAUGGAAAUGAACGUGAAGAUGUUAUGCUAGCAAAUGAACCAGUUGACUUGUUCCUAUUGCCUGGACUCGCAUUUGACAAAUGCGGAAGGCGAUUGGGCCGUGGUGGAGGUUAUUAUGAUACAUUCUUGGCAAGAUACCAACAGCUUGCAGAGGAGAGGAAGUGGAAACAACCUCUUCUAAUUGCGCUAUCAUAUUCUCCACAGAUAAUGGAUGAGGGAGCUAUACCAGUCACUCCAACUGAUGUUCCUGUGGACGCUCUUGUAACCCCCUCUGGUGUGCUCCCCAUUAGCGCAGCUGCCUUAGAGAGGUGUUGCUGAGGAACUCGCUCUUGUAUUUGCCCUCUGGUGUGAUCCCGACAAACUAAGCUGCUCCAGAGAGUGUAACUGAGAAAUUCUCUUCAUUCUACUGUUAUACACAUGAUUUUCAUUCAAUCCAUGAAGCAAUUAUACCAUAGAGCAAGCCUUUUUCAACAUUCGGUUCCCCCAUCUAUUGCAAUCUGCUUAACUGACAAGCUGUUAAGAGGACUUUCUGGUUUUUCAUAUAGUGCUACAAAAGGAAGAGGCUAAACUUCUACUGUUGAGUGGUCGAGAAACUAGGUUCGCAAACUUUGGCAUGAGACACAGUUCAAUGUGAUUACUGAUUCUGAUCGUUUGUAUUUUAUUUGAAUGGAAGUGAUAAGACUUCAAAAAUUGUUCAAACUUGUUUAGCUGACAGAGCGUCAAGGCAACCAAUGGAUCUUACCACACCAAAGAUUGUUUUCAGUCAUCCAGUUAGCAUGUUCUCUCUGUAUGAUUAACAGUCACAGAUUUUCUAUUACUAUUUCGAUG